CUGUCUCGAAUUUUAUCUCGUUCAGUUGUUCAAAGCCAAGAAAUGCACCAAGAGAAAUCAACCAGUAGUAAUUUGGUGUAAUUUGCUUUUUAAUUGAACGCUUUUAAGUCACAUUGCAACAGAGGCCAAUUCAAGUUACUUGAGAGAAAGGUUGGUCUUGUCGUGUGUAAGGAUUGCUGUGGAAAGCGAACUAAAGCGACGGUUCCCAGUCCCAUGUUGUCUCCGAACCAGGACGAACAUGCCCACUCUAAAGAUCCGGUGAAGUACGGCGAAUUGGUCAUACUUGGGUAUAAUGGCUCUCUCCCUGGCGGAGACCGGGGUCGUAAGAAGAGUCGUUUUGCCCUGUACAGAAGAGCCAAGGCUAAUGGAGUCAAACCCAGUACUGUCCACAUCCUUAGCAACCCACAGGACAGCAAGGUGUUGAACAGCCGGGGGCAGCAUAGUAUCUCCUUCACUCUGUCCAGAAACCAGACGGUGGUGGUGGAAUAUUGCCAUGAUGAGGACACUGAUAUGUUCCAAAUCGGUCGCUCCACCGAGAGCCCCAUUGACUUUGUGGUGACAGACACAGCAGGAGGGUCAAAAGAAAGUGAACACUCGUCUUCCUCCCCCAGCACCAUUUCCCGCUUCGCCUGCAGGCUGGUCUGUCAACGCAACCCCCCCUACACCGCUCGCAUCUAUGCAGCUGGCUUCGACUCCUCCAAAAACAUCUUCCUCGGGGAAAAAGCAACCAAAUGGAAGAAUCCAGAUGGUCACAUGGACGGGCUCACUACCAAUGGGGUGCUGGUGAUGCACCCUCAAGGCUUCCCAGAAGAGUCCAAACAAGGCACGUGGAGGGAGAUCUCUGUGUGUGGGGAUGUGUACACUCUGAGGGAGACCAGGUCUGGCCCCAUCCGUGGACAGCUGGCUCGUGGGGAGAGCAGUGCCCUGCAGGACGGCUCUCUGGUGGACCUGUGUGGUGCCACGCUGCUGUGGCGUACGGCUGAGGGUUUGCUGCAAGCGCCCACCCUGCGUCACCUUGACGCCCUGCGUCUGGAGCUGAACGCCGCCCGUCCCCAGUGUCCCGUUGGCCUGAGCACGCUGGCAUUCCCCAGUCUGCCACGCAGCCACAGUUUAGAAGAGCGCCAGCCCUGGGCGUACCUCGCCUGCGGGCACGUCCACGGCAGACACGACUGGGGCCAACGCCCCGAACGCCACCGGGACCGACAGGAGGGGGCCAGCGGGAGCUCGGGCGGGCGCAGGGAGUGCCCCCUGUGCCGGUCUGUGGGUCCGUACGUCCCCCUGUGGCUGGGCUGUGAGCCGGCGUUCUACGUGGACGCGGGCACUCCCACUCACGCGUUUGUGCCCUGCGGUCACGUGUGCUCGGAGAGGACAGUCAAGUACUGGGCAGAAACAUCGCUGCCCCAUGGAACGCACACCUUCCGCCCUGCCUGUCCCUUUUGCUCUGCACCUCUGAGUGGGACCCCGGGUUGGGUUCGCCUCAUUUUCCAAGGACCAAUAGACUGAGUGGGUGGCCAUAGAUGGAGAGGAGGUGGGGUUUUUCCUCCAGAGGCUGUACUGACGUCAAACCUUUACUCAAAGGCUGAUUACGUGAGCGUGUGUGUGUGUGUCUGUUUGUCUGUCUGUCUGUGUGUGUACUGAAUACUUCAGUGUUUGAGCCAAGAAAGCUACAGUAUUAUCAGUCCUCAAAACUCUAGAAGUUUUACUCUUUGGAGAAGCUGUCUCUUACCAAACACAAAUACAUGGACAUGCUUAGAAUGAACUGUAAUGAUCCAACGAUGAUCACGGUGAUAAUGCACAGAACAUGUUUAGUAUAAUACAAAUGCAAGCAAGCAAGCAGAAUGAAAGAUUAAGAGACUUACCACAAAUUGGAACAGAAGAGAAACUGAAAAUAGAUUG